AAUAUUAAGUGUUUAAUCUAUGGUUAGUAAUCUAUGCGCACUUCCUGCGGUCAUUCGCGAAUGUUGCGUUGCUUUGUGAUUAUUUAACGUACAUCUUGUGUAUAAAUAAAUUUAUAAACUUUCGGAAAUUGGUCUGUGUUAAUGUUGUGUUAAACAUUUAAAUUCGGAAAGGAUUUUAAUUGAAAUGUGUAUUUAUUUAGUGAAUAUAACGUUAUAGAGACUACAGUAACAUGUUCUACAUUAUAAUUAUUAAAUUGUAUUCUCGGAAAGUGUAAGGUUUCGCUAAUCACUUUUAAAUUCCUAAUUAAUGUAAAAUAAAAUCAUAAAAAAAUGACUGUGACUUACACCGGUGAAGUAGCAACUUGCCGAGGUUUUGGGACUUUUUUAAAAGUUUUAUACAGAUGGCGCGGCAGUAUAUACAAACUGGUGUGGCUAGAUCUUCUAGUUUUCCUGCUUUUGUAUUAUAUACUCAAUUUAACAUAUCGCUUACUUCUAGAUGAAAAUGCGAAGAGAACGUUCGAAGGAAUAGUGAAUUAUUGUCAUUUCCACGGGAAUGUGAUCCCUUUGUCGUUCGUACUAGGUUUCUAUGUUACUGUAGUAAUGAACCGCUGGUGGAAUCAAUACACAACGAUACCGUGGCCUGAUUCGAUUGCCGUCUUCGUGUCAGCCACGAUACACGGACAGUCACGAUGGCUCCGCUGUUACGAAUAUUUUGCGGUUGGUUGCCGUUUGCAACGAGCAAUGUGCUUAAAAAGAACAGAUGAACGUGGGAGGUUGAUGCGUCGGACAAUCGUGCGCUAUGUAUGUCUCUGUCUGACGAUGGUGUUAACGAUGAUAUCUCCAAGAGUCAAGAAGCGUUUUCCGACGCUCGACAACUUUACCGAGGCCGGUAUAAUGAAUGAAAAUGAAAAAUCAAUACUUAACAAUAUGAAUGAAAAAUUUCCAAAGACAACGAAGCACUGGUUACCAAUAGUGUGGGCGGCUAGUAUUGUGACGAGGGCCCGUAAGGAGGGCCGAAUAAGAGACGAUUUUGCCGUUAAAACUAUAAUAGAUGAAUUAAAUAAAUUUAGAGCACAAGCGGGACUUCUCCUCAGUUAUGAUACCAUAAGCGUACCAUUAGUUUACACUCAGGUAGUGACAAUUGCUGUAUACUCGUAUUUCAUAACGUCUGCACUCGGCAGUCAGUGGGUCGAUAACAAAGUGCAGUCUGCUGAAUCAACGUACAUUAGUAAUAUUGAUCUCUAUUUCCCGAUAUUCAGUACGUUAGAAUUCUUCUUCUAUAUGGGCUGGUUGAAAGUAGCCGAAUCUCUUAUAAAUCCAUUUGGUGAGGACGACGAUGAUUUCGAAGUUAACUGGAUAAUCGAUAGAGAUUUACAGGUUUCAUACAUGAUAGUCGAUGAGAUGCACCAUGAGCAUCCCGAGUUGGUGAAAGAUCAGUACUGGGACGAGGUGUUCCCGUCAGAGUUGCCGUACACGUUAGCCACGGAGAACCAGCGCGAGGAGCAUCCGGAGCCUUCGACAGCUCGCGUGGCGGUGCCGGUCCGGCAGCGCAGCAUGGUCUUGACCGCGCCCUCGUCUGUCAAGAUCGACGAGAUGGUCCCCUCCAACACCGUGAGUUACAAGUUCGCCCCGCCAGAGCAAAUUCAAAUGAGCGACGACGCGCAGUCUGGCAUACACUUCAUCGUCCACCGCGGAAGCAGUAAGCGAAAGAAGGAGGAAAGGAACUCUAUGGGCUCCUCUAACUCGAUGGCGUCGCUACAGCAAACGCCCAUGAACAGAACUAAUUCUGUCACAUCGAUGCUCAAAAGACUGUUCUCCAAGGAAGAGCAACGGCAACCGACUACUGCCUCUGUCACUGCCACGCAGACUGAUAGCGGUAACCGUUUCACGAUUUCGGCGAGCAACCCGACCUUGAACAAGCCGGCCACGGCGGGCGGCAGCAUGAAGAUCGCGAAUGAAGUCAUCGAAGAGGUCGACGAACAGGCCACCAUCACGAGUAUGGGCAAACGACCCGACAACAGGCCGACUGCGAUGAGUUUGUUUGCGCAAAAACCUCUCCCGCCCAGUGAUCCAGUUAACGUGCCGUCACGAAAUUCGAAUCACAGCUCCAAGGAAGACAGUCGGUUGUCCCGCUCGGCGCCGAAUCAGUGGGGCGGCGAGCGCGACGACGAGCGAGACGACAAGAGUCCGACGGCGCGCUCGCUCACCGCGCGGGGCUCGUUCGCCGACAUCGACGACGAGCGGCGGCCGCGUCUCGACAGCGACGUCGGCGCCUCGCUCAGCGCUGCCGGCAGCCAGACACUCAUCGAUGAUGUGGAUGGGGAGGAAGAACCCGAUAUAGAUGACUUCAACCGGCUCAGAAGUAUAAGAGAGCAGCACCGAAGAGAUAAAUAUUUACAGAAACUAAUGGCUCGGUCUGUUAGUGCUCAACAGCGCACAGGCAGUGGUGAAAUAUUAGACAAUGAUCUAUUGUUAGAAGACCUACUAAUCCAAUCAGGAGCGUUGAAGAAAGAAGAGAACCAUAUAAAUGGGUCAAAAGAAGACACAACUUGACAUAGUAUAAGUCUCAUAUUUACAUGGGAAUGAAAUUGGCGUUCUGAGCCUUUCAGUAUUAUAAAUUGUGAUAUUGCUAAACCUUUACUGCAAGUACAAGCAAUAAAUGCUAGUGUUAAUACAAUUAUUUAAAAUAAAUACCAAACUAUUGCUUUAUUA